CAUGUCACCACGCGCCGGCCGCGGCAUGAGCAUAUACGCCUCCUCCCUGAGCUAGAGCUCGCUCCCGCCGCUGCCCCCAGUCCGUCCACCCCGUCGCCGCCACCAAUGGCCGCCUCCGCCAUGGAGCUCUCGCUCCUCAACCCCGCCGCGACGCACCGCCACCUUGGGGGCCUGCCCCUCGCGCGGCGCUCCGUGGUCCGGUUCCGCCGCGUGUCCGCCUCGGCCGCGGCCGCGGCGCCGCCCAAGUCGUCGGGCCCCAAGAAGCGGGGCAAGACGGAGAUCCAGGAGACGCUGCUCACGCCGCGGUUCUACACCACCGACUUCGACGAGAUGGAGCGCCUCUUCAACGCCGAGAUCAACAAGCAGCUCAACCAGGCGGAGUUCGACGCGCUGCUGCAGGAGUUCAAGACGGACUACAACCAGACCCACUUCGUGCGCAACCCCGAGUUCAAGGCCGCCGCCGACAAGAUGGAGGGCCCGCUCCGCCAGAUCUUCGUCGAGUUCCUCGAGCGCUCCUGCACCGCCGAGUUCUCCGGAUUCCUCCUCUACAAGGAGCUCGGCCGCAGGCUCAAGAAAACCAACCCGGUCGUGGCGGAGAUCUUCUCGCUCAUGUCCAGGGACGAGGCGCGCCAUGCUGGGUUCUUGAACAAGGGACUGUCUGACUUCAAUUUGGCGCUGGACCUGGGGUUCCUGACCAAGGCUAGGAAGUACACCUUCUUCAAGCCCAAGUUCAUCUUCUAUGCCACCUACCUGUCUGAGAAGAUCGGGUACUGGAGGUACAUCACCAUCUUCAGGCACCUCAAAGCGAACCCAGAGUAUCAGGUGUACCCUAUCUUCAAGUACUUCGAAAACUGGUGCCAGGACGAGAACAGGCACGGUGACUUCUUCUCUGCCCUGCUCAAGGCUCAGCCGCAGUUCCUCAAUGACUGGAAGGCCAAGCUCUGGUCACGGUUCUUCUGCCUCUCGGUGUAUGUGACCAUGUACCUGAAUGACUGCCAACGCACUGCAUUCUAUGAGGGAAUUGGUCUGGACACUAAAGAAUUUGACAUGCAUGUGAUCAUUGAGACCAACCGCACAACAGCGAGGAUCUUCCCUGCUGUUCUGGAUGUAGAGAACCCUGAAUUCAAGAGGAAGCUUGACAGGAUGGUUGUGAUCAACCAGAAGAUCAUUGCCAUCGGAGAAUCUGACGACAUUCCCCUAGUGAAGAACCUGAAGAGGAUUCCUCUCAUUGCCGCUCUGGUGUCUGAGAUCAUUGCCGCAUACCUCAUGCCCCCCAUCGAGUCUGGCUCAGUUGAUUUUGCUGAAUUUGAGCCCCAGCUUGUUUACUGAUUCUGUAGAAAGAUUUCUCUCCGAAUUAUUCCCGAAAGACAAGUUGGUGCUUUCCCCUAAGGGGCCUGAAUGGUGAAAACGCUGGACGGUUAGAGGAUCUGCAUCUUCUUGUGUUCGUCUGUAAAAUACUGAGACUUUGGCAACAUAAAGCUUGGCAAGUUUUUGUUGUGUGGCAUCUCCAUGUAAGUGACAGUGAACUGCAUCAGAAGCAAUAGCAUCAGAAGCGACCGUUCCAGUUUUCCAACAGAAGGGAACGUCCGAAGUUGUUGUACUGCUAAUGAAGCAAAAGCAUUCAGACCUUUAUAUGAUCAAUCACAUAUGGCCUCAGAGCAGUUACUUAACCAUGGAACGUCGAACUAGCAUGAUGAAUGUAUCAAGCACAUUUGGUUGAUUGUGUAACACUAGAAAACCAUUUAACAGCGUUUGGAGGCUGUACCAUGUGAAUUUACAUAUCUCCUUUUAUUUUAGCAA